UGUUACGAAACAAUAGCACACACGAGGGCACGUGUUCGCUUUUCUUCCACUUGCGCAACAAUAUCCCACGAACGUCAUGUCCAGGUUGCUCUCUUCUGUGGUCUUCUUCUUGUUCGCUUUGGGAUCGGCAGCGUCGAAGAAUGUUCCACCAGUGACCGUUGCCGUAUGCCAUCUUACUCACGGAUCUCCAAAGGGCAGCAUACAUUUCUUUCAAGAGGUUCACAGCUCCCCGGUAAAUAUUUUGGGUAAAUUGCUGGAACUGCCGGCUGGAAUGCACGGAUUUCAUGUCCACAAGUCCGGCAACAUCACGGGAGGAUGUCAAGGUGCCCUGGGCCAUUACAAUCCUGACAAAGUCGUCCAUGGCGCGCCCAAUGACACUAUAAGGCAUGUUGGCGACCUUGGGAACAUCCUAGCGACAGACGACAAUGUCGCCAUGAUCGACAUCUGGGACUCUGUCAUCACGCUGAACGGGCCCCGUUCUAUCAUUGGACGAUCGAUUGUGGUCCAUGAGAAGGCCGACGAUUUGGGCCGCGGUACAUCGGCCGACAGCCUGACUACUGGCAACGCUGGAGGCAGACUCAACUGCUGCCUCAUCACCGAGGAAGACAACGCUCCCGAUUCGUCCUCUCCCUUCCGUCGUCACAUAUAUAGGCUCCACAAGAAGCUCUCAGACGACCAAUGAUGUCGUUGCGUUAAUGUGAUUUCACGAUUACGUUUUCUCUGGAUUCGAAUAUCCUGUAUAACAAACGCGUCACUUUGUACACUCUGAAACGUCCUGUGGUAGAUCGCUACUCUUUUUUCUUUUUUGGGGAUUUGUCCGUGGAAGUUUAUUAAACAUCUAUCGACACAGUUUCA